AUUUUAAGGCAGCAUUUGCCCACCACCAGCAGCAGCCAUCCGCAUCAAACAGCCUUCAUUCAGUGAGUGGCCGCUCCGUAGAGAACAACAGGCUACCUCCCUCUGUCCUGUGAUGCUGCACAGCAAUGGGACAAAGGAAACAGAAGAAAACCUUAUGAAUAAAGGUUGCUAUGUAACAAAGAGCCAUAAAGUGAAUAUCAACGUGGGAUCCUAAAUUAGGGGAACAUCGUAAAGACAGCACCUUGUGUUUGUUUUUUUUAACCUUAUAAGCUAUUAAUUGGAAACAAUUCAAUCCUCGGACAAUAUUCUGAAGUGUUAGGUUUAAAGUAGGUGAUGUUGUGUAUUCAGUCAAGGAUACCAUCAUCACUAGUGGCUUUUUUGUGUGUGACAGAGCAGAGCUGCUGUAAAUAGCCAUGUCGAAUAAAACAUGCACAUAACUAGAGGGAUUAAGUCCGCCCAGCUCCUACUGGCAGGGCAGUCUUUGCUCCAGCACCCAGCCCUGCAGCAGCUCCACUCUGUCCUCAUGUGGCACUAGUCACUGACUUACUGAGAGCCAGGAGUCGACAGAAGCUACAUCUCCAGCCGCACCAUGACUUCAUCGGACAAUGACGAAACGGGGAGCGACCUGUCUGAGUCUUUGGAGAUCCGUGAGCUCCAGGACCAGUACGUAGACCCGGAAAACUGCUUCAAGUCCAAGAGCUUGCCCAUCCUGAAUGGACCCUGUCAGCCGGAUCGGAGGGCUGCGGAGGCUCGCCUGGUCAACACCAAACACACCUGCGUGGCCGUGCAGGAGAGCAGCGAGCUCCAGCCCAAAACCCCAGACUCCAGCCAGGCGGAGUCUCCCUCCUCCAGGACAGACUUCUCCCCCUCUGCCUCCAGCAUGGUGGGGCUCAGCAGCUCCUUACCUGUGGAGGGCCACAGGGCUGCUGGCUCCGGGGGCAAAAAACUUGGUUUCUCUCUCACCCGCCUUAUCCGCAUCCCAGCCAGGAAGUAUGUGCGGGUCAUCCUUAGGGACUCCCGCUGCUUCUUGUUCUGCAUGUGCUACCUGACCUUCAUUCAGUCCCUGAUGGUUUCGGGCUACCUGAGCAGUGUCAUCACCACCAUCGAGAAGCGUUACAGUCUGCGCAGCUCUGAGUCCGGCCUGCUGGUCAGCUGCUUCGACAUCGGCAGCUUGCUGGUGGUGGUCUUCAUCUCCUACUUCGGGGGCAGAGGUCAGAGGCCACGCUGGCUAGCUGUGGGUGGUGUGAUCAUCGCUAUAGGGGCAGCAUUGUUCUCCUUGCCCCACUUCAUCUCACCACCCUACCAGAUCCAGGAGAUGAACUCAUCAGCCGGCCAUGAAGGGCUCUGUCAGAGCGGCAACAGCAGCGGCCGUGAUCUUCUCGAUGUGGCAUCGUGCCCUCGCGACCAGGAGGGCAACGAGCACAACCUGUAUGUGACUCUGUUCAUCUGCGCCCAGAUACUCGUGGGCAUGGGGUCAACGCCAAUCUACACCCUGGGACCCACCUACCUGGACGACAACGUGAAGAAAGAAAAUGCAUCUCUCUACCUGGCCAUCAUGUAUGUGAUGGGAGCCCUGGGACCUGCAGCUGGCUACUUGCUGGGAGGUGUCCUCAUUGGCUUCUACGUCGACCCCAAAACUGUAGUCAACAUCGACCAGAGUGACCCUCGCUUUGUUGGCAACUGGUGGAGUGGCUUUCUCUUGUGCUCCGUAGCCAUGCUCCUGGUCAUCUUUCCCAUGUUCGCCUUCCCAAAAAAGCUGCCUCCUCGCCACAAAAAGAGGAAGAAGAAAAAGAUCAGCUCGCCCGGUGACGUGUCCAGCGACGACGAGAUGAUGAAGGAAAAGUCAAGUAGCAAAGGCCAGAACGUCUCCUCUUCCAUGGGCUUUGGAAAGGACAUAAAAGACCUCCCUAAGGCAGCGCUGAGGAUCCUCAGCAACAUGACCUUCCUGUUCGUCAGCCUGUCCUACACGGCAGAAUGUGCCAUCGUCACUGCCUUCAUCACCUUCAUUCCCAAGUUUAUUGAGUCACAGUUUGGCAUCCCUGCCUCCAACGCCAGCAUAUACACUGGUGUGAUCAUUGUACCCAGUGCCGGGGUGGGCAUUGUGUUGGGGGGCUACAUCAUCAAGAAGCUGAAGCUCGGUGCCAGAGAGUCAGCUAAGCUGGCCAUGAUCUGCAGUGGGGUGUCGCUGCUCUGCUUCUCCACACUCUUCAUAGUGGGCUGCGAGAGCAUCAAUUUAGGAGGCAUCAACAUACCCUACACCACUGGCCCAACACUGACGAUGACCCACAGGAACCUGACGGGCAGUUGCAACGUGAACUGUGGCUGCAGGAUCCACGAGUACGCUCCGGUCUGCGGCUCCGACGGCAUUACCUAUUUCAACCCCUGCCUGGCCGGAUGCAGCACAGUGGGCAAUGACAGCACCGGGAUUAGGAACUACACCGACUGCGGCUGUGUGCAGAGCAGACAGGUGAUCACUCCGUCCUCCGGUGGCCAGGUCAACCAGCUCCAGCUGGUCAUUGUUAAAACCUACCUGAACGAGAACGGCUAUGCUGUGUCGGGGAAGUGCGACCGCACCUGCAACACCCUCAUCCCUUUCCUUAUCUUCCUCUUCAUUGUCACUCUCAUCACCGCCUGUGCCCAGCCCUCCGCCAUCAUCGUCACGCUCAGGUCUGUUGAUGAACAGGAGAGGCCUUUUGCUCUUGGGAUGCAGUUCGUCUUGCUCCGAACUCUUGCCUACAUCCCCACGCCCAUCUACUUUGGUGCUGUGAUCGACACCACCUGCAUGUUGUGGCAGCAGGACUGCGGCGUGCACGGCUCCUGCUGGGAGUACGACGUCACCUCGUUCCGCUUCGUCUACUUCGGCCUCGCCGCCAGCCUCAAGUUCGUCGGCUUCAUCUUCAUCUUUCUCACCUGGUACUCUAUCAAGCACAAGGAGGACCGAGCCGAGCGCUGGCGCCAGCACCUGCCUCCGCUGGGCACCGUCAGCGAGCUCAUCUGCCACGCCGGAGGCCAGAAAAGCCACGCGCGCACGCGCUCCUGCCCCGUGUUCAUCCCGCCUCGGCCCGACCCUCCCGCCGCCCUGCUGCUCAACCGCGGCCACAGCAGCCUCAGUUGCCCCGGCAACGCCCUCAAAGCAAUAACCCCGCCCAUCCUGUUGCCGCAUCACCACAGAGGCUCCGCCCAUGUCUGAGAGCACGCCAAGCCUCCCUUCCGGGGGUCCAUUGUGACAUGUGCCUUCCUGUUUGUGUUUCUACACCACACGGUGUCCGCUGUACGCCACUCUGACACCAGACGGGGCUCCGUAGCUGCUGUAGGACUUACGGGCAGAGGCACAGGCGCGGCCACCAUCCUUAAAGGGCUGCUCAUUGUUGUUUAUGAUACCACAAGACUCAGUGAGCUUAACAUCAGCUGCAGCAUCCACGCAGAAAGUCAGACCUCCACUCGAAGGUUCGGACGAUGUAAAGACAUCACAUGGUGCUACUGUUUCCAGAGCAGGGCAUUAAAAUCUCUGUACAGACAGAUGAGUCGUCAUCAACACAGCAUCUAAAGCACAACUGACAAACCUGUACUAUGCAAGAUCCUAUGUACAGCUCCUCCCUCCUCAGUACUGUACAGCUCCCUACACCUGUACCUCUUUCUUCUUCCCUGCUCAGUUCUCACACACACACACACACACACACACACACACACACACACACACACACACACACACACACACACACACACACACACACACACACGUUACUGUUGGCUCAUUCAUAAUUUCACUUUUGCCUACAGUCUGAGCUGUGAACAUAUCAGCAAUCUGUCUUGUAUUCGAGCCAUUCCACCCUGUUCUCUAUUCUGGUUAAUUAAUCCUCUCACCUCCUUUUUUUCUUUCUUUUUCGUAACAGUGCCUCUCAGGCUGUCUCGGCCAGUCCAGUAUACAAAGCUAGCUACCAGGGUAAAUGCUAGCUAGUGAGAAAGCCAGCCACUGUCCUCUCAGUUGAGUGACAAUAUUCUGCUUUGUUGCCCUCAGCUUUUGUGUUUGGGGAACGGUUGUCACUGAGCUCGAGUCAUUGCGCCCAGUGGACACAGUUCCUCGCCUGGGCAAGGUAACUAUGUAGCUAAAAGGCAACAAGCACCAACGGUACAGCGUUUUUCUUCUAUGACAAGUCGUCUUGUCAGUGAGCAAGAAAUCUGUAUUCAUUACACAUCACACUACUUUAUUAUUACAAUGUGUAAUAAUUAGCCAAACAGGAGAAAGGAACAAGAAAGGUGUCUCAUCUCUGACUAUGUGCUAAAGCUACUGUUUGUCCAAAAGAUGUGAGUGUACUUGAAACUGAUAAUGGAGUGGAGAUUCAACAAAAUGUGGCAAAACAGCUGUUUUCAAAUUCGACCCACUUUUAACCACAACUUCCUCAAAGUAAAACGAUUUGUAUCUAAUCUCGCGCAACAAUCGGCUUUGUAUUGUAAUGGCUUCUCCAUUCUAUUGGUCAUCAGAUGUACAUAGUAGUUAUCUAGUAGUCUAGGCUUUUAAAAAAAAAAAAUAAACUAGUGCGUCAAGCAUGUAAAAACAGUGAACCUCCUUUUAUCAGCAAGAGUAAUCUGACGUUGAUUUAUUUAGUUCCUGGGCGUUUGGCGCCCUCUAGUGGACAGGGAGAUGAUUGUGUGAAGGCCAGUGAAUGUUGCGGUUUGUCAGACCUACUGUACUAUGACAUUCUUGGUUAAAAGGUUAAUUAUUAAACUUAAUCACUGCACUGAAUUUAGCUCUCCAGUUUCCCAAAGAUAUACCCGAGAAAAAGAUGACCCGCUGUCUUUGACAUUUAUGCUCGCAAGUCACGUGAUUAAGUAUUUUAAGAUUCUGUCUGCUAGUUCGGUGAAGUCCGGAUCAGGUUAACGUGCCUGAACAGAGACACAUUGCUUGCAUGAGCCUUAACUGUUUUAAUAGUUGUUUAAUUUUCUUUUACCUUGGGCUCAUGUUAUUUUCUUUAAGUAUCUGAUGGAUUUACCUUCCUUUGAAUAGGGCAGAGAAACAGAAGAGGUGUGAAUAUGGUCUGUGUGUUUUUUAAAAAAAGAAAAAGCUGUUUCAUGUUUAAAAAGUCAAAUCUGUGGCACAUGUUUUGAAGACCAUGUUUGUGUUAGUAUUGGUUUUCUUUUCUGGAGGGGGUAAAUAUAGAAUAAGUUUAAUAAAGUUAUAUGUAUUUUAUAUCCUGAUCAGUUUUACUUCAUUUUAAUUAUAAAAGUUUGCAAAGGAAUGGAGAAUCUGAUGCAGUGAAUACAUUUUAAAAGUUAACAGUUUUGGCCAGGAUUCAUGGUACUCUGCCAGGUGAAGAUUAUGGAGCAGUAAUGGCAGUGACUCAUUUUAGUAUUAUCGUGACUUAGUACCUCAAAUGACAUAUUCAUAAGUGAUCGUGUAAAUAUUGACAAAGCAAAUGAAGCGUAUUAUAGAGCUCACACAUAGUUAGAAGCAUAUUUAUGAACUAAUCCCAUAACAUUGUAGUUUAAAAAAAAAAAAAAAAAAGGCUUAACACUACAAAAGAACAUGGUGGAUUCGUCUCGCGGUGCCUGAACAGUAUUAUUCACACGGGAAGAGUUCGCUUUACAUGUGGGGAGGGAGUUGGGUUAUUGCAAUGUAUUUUUUUUUUUUUUUCUGUCAACAACACACAAUUGACUUCAUUUAAAUUCUGAAGUUAUGCUACCCAGAAUGCCCUUCUCUCCAUCUGUAAUGAUUCUCUGCCUUUCCUCUAGUGGUCUGUAUUCCUCAGGCUCAGAAAGGGAAUACCAAUGUUGGAUUAUUGAUCAGGUCGCCUGCUAAUGUGACUCGAAAUCUAAAUGUGAUCCUUCCUGAGUCAUCUUACAAUUAUGUAUUACUUAAGGAAUCCUGUUCUGAUGAAAUACCCAAUGAACAUGGAGUAAAAAUACAUGAAGGAAGGGUGGAGAAUCAUCCAGUGAUGCCACACAGAUUAUUACACAGUGAAUGCAGGGACAUCUGCCUUUACUGUACACCUACUACAGCGUCCUGCUGUUCCAAUGCCUGAAAGACUACUGACAGAUGAUUUCAGGUUGUACGUAGAUUUGCUUUAACACAUUUUCCUUUCAUCGGUAUUUGAACUGAAAGUGAAUUUCCUGGACAGAACAGAAGCUGUAUCCUGAAAGUAGAGCUCUUAUUGCUUUUGUUCCUCAGGAGCAGAAGUCUAAUUGAUGUUUGUGAACACUUGGUUUACAAAUGCCUUGAAUACUUGAUAUUUGUCAUUAAAAAAAAAUGUAAAAAUUGA